AUGAGCCUAGGGAAGAUUAUAAGUGUGUAUCCCGUGGAGGAGCCAUUAAUUAAGAAGACGAGGAGGAGGAAGAAGAAGAAGAAUUCGACGCAACAAUCUACUUCGAUUUCGUCACUCCCUGAUGAUUUGCUAUUGAGCUGCUUCGCACGCAUCUCAAGAUUGCAUUACCCUGCUCUCUCCCUCGUCUCCAAGAGCUUCCGAUCUCAUCUUGAUUCGCCGGAGCUGUACGAGAUCCGAUCCUUGUUAGGCAGCGCCGAGAGUUGUCUCUACGUGUGCUUAUAUUUCUAUCCGGAUCCUAACACUCGCUGGUUCACUCUCUGCCGGAAACCUAAUCGGAAGAAGGGGAAGAAUUCAAGUGGCAAUAUUUUGAUCCCAGUAUCGUUUCCAAAAUCUCCUCUAGCUCAUUGGAAAGGCGUGGUAGCAGUUGGUUCGAGCAUCUACGUCAUUGGCGGAUCAUUCAUGAUUCAACCAUUUGCCUUCUUCUAG